CACAUCACCACACACAAUCAAAAAUGGCUUUUAAGUUGGUACUGUUGUCAUGCCUGGUGGCGAUGGUUCGCUGCAGCGUGGCCCCAGCGGCACUGGCUGCGGCCCCCGUCGCGGUGGCCCCUGUCGCCGAGUACGACCCCUACCCCCAAUACCGCUUCGGGUACGACGUGGCCGAUUCCCUCACUGGAGACUAUAAAACUCAACAGGAGCAACGCGACGGUGACGUGGUACAGGGACAGUACUCUCUAGUGGAACCCGAUGGCACUCGCCGCAUCGUCGACUACGCCGCCGACCCGGUCAAUGGCUUUAACGCAGUGGUACGCAAGGAGCCUCUUGUAGCUGCGGCCCCAGCUGUGGUGCCAGCUCGCCUGGCCGCAGCCCCUGUCGUCGCCGCUCCAGCCCCCGUCGCUGCCGCUCCAGCCCCCGUAGUGGCUGCUCGCUACACCACCGCCCCUGCUGUGUACGCGCCUGCCGUAGCAGCCAGAUACGCGGCCGCUCCUGUGGUAGCACAAUACGCCACCGCGCCAGUGGCCGCUGCACCUACCCCCGUGAUCGCCAGGUAUGCGUCUGCCCCGGUGGUGUCAGCGCCAGUAGCGCCCGCUCCCGUGGUCGCCCAGUACGCCGCGACCCCGGUUGCUGCUCGCUACGCCGCAGCUCCCCUCGUAGCAGCGCGUUACGCUGCUCCAGUAGCAGCCGCUUACAGGGCUCCCGUGGCCUACGCUGCUCCCGCUGCAUACACCGCUCCCGCCGCAUAUGCCGCUCCUGCCGCAUACGCCGCCCCCGCCGCAUACGCCGCCCCCGCCGCAUACGCCGCCCCCGCUGCAUACGCCGCGCCCGUAUCCGCCGCCUACACGGCGUACGCCGCGCCGUUGCCGCGAUAUGCGGUAGCUCCCACCGUGGUGCGUGAGGCACCCGCCAAAAUAAUCGAGUCCGUUGCCACCGCUGGUUACCGCUACCCUUGA